AUGGGGAAACAACGCUCUCGAGACGGCUGUCUGACCUGCCGGUCUCGACACGUCAAAUGCGACGAGACACGCCCCAUCUGCGGCAACUGCCGCAAGUCGAAUCGAGACUGCCGUUUGGUAGAGCGUCGAGCCGAGAUUCGGUUUCACAACGCCCCCUCGACACGCGCAUCACGGUCCAAGACGCCAGGCUCGAACCGGGCACUCAGCACUUCCAGCACCAGUUCACCCCCCUUCACCAAUCCCCCUUACACCAGCCCACCCAUCUCCAUCCCACAGCUCGUCUUCGCAGACUUUGCGUCGCCUGACUAUCCCCCGAGUCUCGGCCCGGUGGACCCUACCCCAACUUCCCCAGUUUCUGUUUCCCCGCACACCACCCGAAGUCCCCCUGAGAUCCCCAACAUCCCCACCCAACAUUCCAGCCAGCACUCCCAACACACCACGUCAACCCCAACCAUAACGCCAACCCCACCAAUAACCCCAAACCCAACCCUAACCCGCGCCGAGGCAUCCCUCCUGCACCACUACACCACCCACCUCGCCCGCUGGCUCGACUGCACCGACGCAACACGACAUUUCACUCUCCAAAUCCCAGCCCUGGCGACCACCCGGCCGGUGUUGUUGGACGCCAUCCUCUCCUUUGCGGCACGCCACCGGGGGGAUGUCGACGCUGCUGAUGCGGCGCAUGAGAGGUGUAUUACGAGGAUUAUUGUUUUGUUGGAUGAGCAGACGAAUAGCAGCAACACCAACGACAACAAUAACGAGGGGGGUGAUGAUGAGAGUAGCCCGGUUGGAAACGAGGAGAACGAGAAAGAAAAAGAGAAUGCUAUCUUGCUAUGUGCUAUAGUAAUCCUCCGCGUCUUUGAGCAACUGACCGCCGGCAGCCAACACGCCGACCGCGAGCGGCACCUCGCCGGCUGCGGCGCGCUCCUCCAACAACGCCAAAUCUGCCACGCCGCGCCCAGCGGAUUGCACGAGGCCGCCUUCUGGGUGUACAUGCGGCAGUGUUUGUAUAAUGCUUGUAUUCAUCAGCAGGCGUUGCCGGCGAAUGUGGAGGGGUUCUUUGAGGGGGCGUUGUUACCGCCUGUUGAUGAUGAUGGCACGCCCGCGGGGGCCGCUUCGCGGGGGAUGAUGGGGGAGGAAGGGAGGUUGAGGGGGGAGACGGCGUGGGCGAAUAGUAUGACGUGGAUUUGUGCGAGGGUGGUGCAGUUUUGUUUUGGGGGGGAUGAUGCUGGGGGGAGUAUACAGAGUCGGAUGGCGAGGUGGGUGGAGUUGGAGGAGGCUGUCGAAGGGUGGAUGAGGUUGAAGCCGGGGGGAUUUGAGCCGGUUUGGCAGGGGGAGAGCCCGGAGGGCGACACUGAAGAAGAAGACGGGGUGCCGUGGCCCGAGUAUUGUUUUGCGGCGGAUUGGCAUGUGGUGGCUUUUGGGUUUUAUCAGUUGGCGAGGAUCUUGUUGGUGCUUUAUAAGCCGAGUCCGAGGUUUGUCGUCAGGAGGGUAGGUGGGGGAUUACGGAGGGAAGAUGCCCUGAUAUUACAACACGCCCGCGCGCUGUGUGGAUCAUGUAAGAGCGAGCCCGGCAAUGUCCCCGCGAGAAUCACCCUGUGCCACAGUCUGUUUCUCUGGGGUGGGUUGUUGGACGACCCGCGGGAGAGAGCUGGCGUGGUGCAGCUGCUGGAGGAGUUGGAGCGUGAUCAUGCUUGGCCUACGGCGUGGAUUAUAUCGUUGCUCAGGGAGGAGUGGGGAACUACCGAUGUCAACUAG